AUGGCCGGAACGUGCUUUGGCGCAAGCCCUUUCGGUGGCCCUUCAACUCCUGUGGCACCGUCUAUCAGCACCCCUGCGAGCAGUGCUCUCCGUAGACCAUACAAAGCGCUCAAGCCAUCCGUCACCCCAAAUGUCUCUACUUCUGGAGCCAAGCCAGUUGGUACCGGCCUAUCAUCAGUGCCUAUUACUACCGGCAAGAUUCGCCGGGUCGAGCUCGAGUCCGUCAACCUCUCAUCUACCGGCUCACAGCAAGAGAACAAACCGCCAACUACCCGAGGUAGAGAUUCGUAUUGGUCCGCAAGCUGGAGAAAGCCUCAACAGAAGAAGCACAAAACAUGGGACGGGGAUGCAUUCAUCGCGUGCCGGAAUGACGUGUUCACAAUCUUGUCAGACACCGGGAAGAAGCUCGGGACUGCUAAGUGGAAGGGCGACCCACUAUUCAGCGGCUAUCGCAUCUUUGCCGCUAACAAGGAAUUCGAACUCGACGCGGAGAUACCGGCCUCUAAGAUGCCUGCAAUGAACGGAAGCGACGGGUGGGCGGAUGAAGGCAUGCUGGAUGAGGAAGGUUGGGAGACGGUUGUCACCCAGAAUCCUAGAGCUCUCUCUGCCAGAACCAGCAUCUCCGAUAACCCCAUAGUUGACACAGUUUCCGCGUCGACGAGUAAGAAGUUCAUACCUCCUACUUCGUUCUAUGGGAAAUCCGCCCCGAAACCGAAGAAGGGACCUUUACACGAUCCGGAAGCAGAAGGCGCCUUGGUUAUGAAGAAUCCCAAUAAAGAGCACAUCAAGAAGAAUAAUGCGAAAGACUUGCCCAUAGUACCCGUAGUCUUGGAUCCGAUCCUAGCCGUUAGACUCAGGCCGCAUCAGAAAGAAGGCGUCAAGUUUCUGUAUGAAUGUGUUAUGGGACUGCGCAAGCACGAAGGCCAGGGAUGCAUAUUGGCUGACGAGAUGGGUCUUGGAAAAACUCUGCAGACCAUUGCAUUGGUCUGGACUCUCCUUAAGCAGAAUCCGUACGCGGGAGUAGGCCCUGUCAUCGGCAAGGCGAUGAUCGUUUGUCCCGUAUCCCUCAUCAACAAUUGGAAGAACGAGUUUCACAAGUGGCUGGGUAGAGACCGCGUAGGUGUAUUUGUCGGCGAUAAGGACAAGGCACACAUCAAGCAAUUCAUUAAUACCCGGAUCCACCAAGUUCUCGUCAUCGGCUACGAGAAACUAAGGACUGUGAUUGACGACUUGAGAUAUUGCAACCCUCCCAUUGGGCUGAUCAUUUGCGAUGAAGGACAUCGAUUGAAGUCGGCGAACAACAAGACCUCUCAGAUGUUCAAAGCGCUCAACACGAAGCGACGUGUUAUCCUCUCGGGCACACCCAUCCAGAAUGAUCUCAGUGAAUUUCAUGCUAUGGCUGAUUUCUGUAACCCUGGUCUCCUCGAUGACUACAAGACGUUCAAACGAGUGUACGAGGAUCCCAUUCUAAAGAGUCGAGCAGUGGGGUGUACGGCGAAGGAAGCCGAGAUAGGAGAAGCGCGGACGACUCAAUUGCUCAACGUAGCGAAGAGUUUCGUGCUGCGCCGAGAUGCGAGUAUUCUCGACAACUAUCUUCCGCCCAAGUGCGAGUAUGUGGUAUUUGUGACACCGACGCGACUCCAGCUCUCCAUAUUCUCCCAAAUUCUCCGAGCCGACAAAUUGGACGACCUCGUUGAGGGCUCCGUGGCCGAGUCGCUGGCGCUCAUCAACAUGCUGACCAGGGUCAGUACCAGUCCCGUGCUGCUGAAGGCGACCGCGGACCAAGCAAAAAGCAAGUCGAUCCAAGCCAAUUCCAUCAAGAGAAAUGCCCUCUACCAAGCUGUUGCUUUGUUACCCGAACGUUUCAAGAUCGAGGAUGUCUCCCUGAGCGGCAAGCUUACUGCGUUGGCGUCCCUGCUGAGAAUGAUUCGUAAACACACUGAAGAGAAAUGUAUCGUGGUAUCGCAUUACACCUCAACCUUGCACAUCAUCGAACAGUUUUGCAAGGUCAAAGGUUACACUUACCUUCGGCUAGACGGGCAAACGCCCCCCACGAAGCGACAAGAAUACGUAAACGAGUUCAACAAGACGAGCCAGUCAGCGAAAUUCCUGUUCUUGCUGAGCGCCAAAGCUGGCGGUGUGGGUCUGAAUCUCAUCGGCGCCUCCCGUCUCUGCCUCAUCGAUUCGGAUUGGAAUCCAAGUCACGAUCUUCAAGCCAUGGCUCGCAUCCAUAGAGAUGGGCAGAAACGACCUGUAUUCAUUUACAGGUUCUUGACCGCGGGAACGAUCGACGAGAAAAUCUAUCAGCGCCAAGUGACGAAACUCGGGCUUAGUGAUUCGCUCAUGGGAACGGACACUGGCGGUUCUUCGAAGUCGGACUCAUUCACCGCCAAGGACCUCCGCGACAUCUUCCGCGUACAUCUGAACACAGCUUGCCACACUCACGAGCUCCUCGACUGCCCGUGUGAUCGCGAGGGAUCGUCGACCGAUCGUGAAGAUGACAACGCGGAGUACACCGAUGAAGAAGCGGAAAGCACAGCGGAAGAGAUGAGCUUCACGCUUGCGUCUCAAAUCAAGCCGGGACAAUUAAACAGGAUGGAGAAGGCCUACAUGGCCAAGAAGAGAGCAGCGCUGGCGGCCCUGGGCGAAUGGACGCACAUCAACUGUCUGAAGCCCGACGCGCAGGCCAACGUUCACGACGACCUCCUUCGGAAGCUCGUUCGCGCGGCGCAGCCCGAAAAGACCGUGACGGAUUCCGUACCAGCCGUAUCAGCCAAGAAGUCGCUGCUCGACGUCCUCGACAUCGACAACAUGGAUGCGGAGCGAAACGAGGGUUGCGCAGACCUCAAGAACCUACCUGGCGGUACCGUCUCUUUCCUGUUCGAACGGGUGUCCAAAGAUGCUCCUCCUCCGCCCGCAGAUGAAGGGGAGACAGGCAAUUAG